GUGACGCAGCGCCUGGCUACUGUCAUACUGCUAUAAAUCCACCUCUGUAUAUCCAGCCAGUCCUUUCCUCCACGCUGUUGUGUGUGUCCCAGUCCAGGCUACGCAGUAGCUUUGACUUCUUCCUCCGUCAUGGCUGACCAGGCUUUUGUGACUUUGGCUACCAAUGACAACUAUGCUCGGGGUGCUAUGGUUCUGGGCAAGUCCCUGCGAAACCACAAUACAUCUAAGAAGCUGGUUGCCCUCAUUGGUCCCCAAGUAUCAGAGCCUUGCCGGAAUGUCCUGAAGAGGAUUUUUGAUGAGGUGCGAGUGGUGGACGUGCUGGACAGUGGGGACACGGCACAUCUGGCAAUGAUGAAGAGACCUGACCUGGGCGUCACCUUCACCAAGCUCCACUGCUGGACACUCACACAGUACUCCAAGUGUGUUUUCAUGGAUGCAGACACACUGGUGCUCUCAAAUAUAGACGAGCUGUUCGACAGAGCAGAACUGUCAGCUGCUCCUGACCCCGGCUGGCCUGACUGCUUCAACUCUGGAGUGUUUGUUUUUUGUCCCUCAAUGGAGACUUACGGCAGACUGCUAGAGUAUGGCACCAAACACGGCAGCUUUGAUGGGGGAGACCAAGGCGUUCUGAAUGGCUUCUUCAGUGAUUGGGCAACAGCUGACAUAUCAAAACACCUCCCCUUCAUCUAUAACCUCAGCAGCAUAGCCAUCUAUACUUACCUACCAGCAUUUAAGCAGUAUGGUGGCAAUGCCAAGGUUGUCCAUUUCCUAGGCAAGACCAAGCCAUGGAAUUACACCUUUGACCCCAAAACCAAACGGAUCUCAGGGAGUGUGCAAGAGGCCACCACACAUCCCACCUUCCUCCUGGACUGGUGGACCCUGUACUCCAGUGCCGUGGUGCCAAUGCUCUAUGAACAAUAUGGAGACCAGCCUUUCAACUCCGGAUGUGUGGAGUUGCCGUACAGUGACAUGGGUACUUUUGAGAGUGGACAGGACUUCAGUUCACAUGCACAAGCUUUGGAACCCCAAAUGUCCUCAGAAGAACGGAAGCAGAAAUGGGAGCAAGGUCAGGCGGACUACCUGGGAAGGGACUCAUUUGACAAUAUCCAGAGAAAGCUCGAUAUUUUUCUCAAAUAAAGAAGGAAUGAAGUGGGAUAUUAAAAGAGCACUUGCAGUUCAACAAACUGACACCACAGGCCUCAGCUAGACACUAGUUGAGCCUCUCUAUCAGCACUACCCCACAAUGCUCCAAAGACAGUUAUAUAAUGGGACAUAAAAAGUAAAAUCUCAUGCCCUCAGAUUUCCUAUUUGGUGUUGACAUUAUACAUUGUAGCUCUAUCAGUUCUCCUGCGCUGAAGAAAAUCAGCACAAUUUCUAAUAAAUUCACUAUUUUUGUAGGCACUCUGACUGAAUAGUCUGCUUCUUUUCUUCAUGUUAAUACCCUUGAAAGGAGAUGGCAUCAGGAGUUGAACUUUUGUGUCUGUGUGAAUAUUUACACAGUACUUAAUGAACAUUCUUCAUUUUUUACUAUGCAGUCAUCUAGCAGUAUGUUCUUUAACUUAAUAGAAUCCAGUUUAUUCUCUUACCUUGAAUUAAAACAAACUUUGUUUAACAUUAAAACCUGUUUACAGUGCUUCUGAAGGCCACUCGGUGUGGUCAUUUAGCCAUACAUACACUGCACUAGAUCCUCAGUGCCUUAUUGUCUUUGCUCUCGCUACUGCCAUCACCCUCUGUUCUUGACUAGCAUCUCUUGUCCUUAUCCGUAGGUGAGUUGGUUUUAAACUUGCUGAUGUUUACUUGAUGAGGAUAUUGGUUGUACAACAAACUUGCAUCUUGAAAUAUUAAAAAUGUCAUUGAAAGUA